AUGUCUCCCGACUUUAUGGCCUCCUUUGAUGCAUCCUCCCGGGCAUCUCCGCGGCGGGACGCAACCAACCUGGCGUCAAUAGGACUCAGCUUCGUCCCUCGCUCCCCCGUGCUCGUCGGGAUAGCAAUCGGGGUAUCCGUCAUGGCCGCCGAGGAUGUCCAGAGCAGAACCGAGGCGAAUUCGUUCCUGGACAAGGCAAAUGCGCAGAUAUUCAUGCCCUAUGACGCCGAAGUAGGGGACGACGACGACGACGACGACGACGACGACGACGACGACGACGACGACGACAACAGCCGCAGUUGA